AUGACCUCCCCUGACAACGAUGAAACAGGGAGCGACCUGUCCGAGUCUUUGGAGAUCUGCGAGCUCCAGGACCAGUACACAGACCCAGAGAACUGCUUCAAGUCUAAGAGCUUACCCAUCCUCAAUGGACCCUGUCAGCCGGAUCGAAAGGCCACAGAGUCUUGUCUGGUCAACACUGCCCACACCUGUGUAGCAGUGCAGGAGAGCAGUGAGCUCCAGCCCAAAACCCCAGACUCCAGCCAGGCAGAGUCCCCCUCAUCCAGAACAGACUUCUCCCCAUCUGCCUCCAGCAUGGUGGGGCUUAGCAGCUCUUUACCCAUCGAGGGCCACAGGGCCGCUGGAAGCAAAAAACUUGGUUUCUCCCUCACCCGCCUUAUCCGCAUCCCAGCCAGGAAGUACGUGCGGGUUAUCCUGAGUGACUCCCGUUGCUUUCUGUUCUGCAUGUGCUACCUGACCUUCAUCCAGUCGCUGAUGGUUUCGGGCUACCUGAGCAGUGUCAUCACCACCAUCGAGAAGCGCUACAGCCUGAGAAGCUCUGAGUCCGGCCUGCUGGUCAGCUGCUUUGAUAUUGGCAGCUUGCUGGUAGUGGUCUUCAUCUCCUACUUUGGUGGAAGAGGUCAGAGACCACGCUGGCUGGCUGUUGGCGGUGUGGUCAUCGCUGUAGGGGCAGCUUUGUUUUCCCUACCACACUUCAUCUCACCUCCAUACCAGAUCCAGGAGAUGAACUCAUCAGCUGGCCAUGAAGGUCUCUGUCAGAGCGGGAACAGCAGCGGAAGAGAACUUGAUGUGGCAUCUUGCCCUCGAGACCAGGAGGGCAACGAGCACAACCUGUACGUGACUCUGUUCAUCUGCGCCCAGAUCCUCGUGGGUAUGGGGUCCACGCCAAUCUACACCUUAGGGCCCACAUAUCUGGAUGACAAUGUGAAGAAAGAAAAUGCGUCGCUCUACCUGGGUAAGACGAUGUGGAUGUGAUGAAGGCAGAGCAGGGGUCUAGAUCAAAGGCAGGUGUAAGCUCUGUAGUCAGAAAAAAUAUUUUAUACUCUUUAGGGCAGACUUUUAUAAAAAGUGAAGGAACUACAUUACGUGUGAAAACAGAAGGCUGACUAAACACAGUUCAGACUUGCUGAGUUUAUUUGAAUAUACACACCGGUCAGGCUGCCUGUGAGACUUACGCAGUGUGACUGUAGUGACGCAGAGCUCUCUGGUUUUUCUCUUAGUGGUCUCUAACACAAUUAAGUACCCCAGCUGAUUCAAUUUCUAUCAGAAAAAGAUUAAAUGUUUGCACUUUGAUAGAAUUAAAAGACAUUUUUUGGCCUAUUUGAUCUUGCUGAUGGUUUACCAGAAGCUUAGGAGCAUGUAUAUCUACCCACUGAGUCCAACAAUGCACUCAUCCCCCCCCUGCCCUCUGUCCUUUUGAUUUAAUCUUCACGGCAUGCAACCUCUGCACCGCACUGAGGUAAAUACAGGGACUGCAAAGUCAACCUUGGGCCUGAAGCACAUGUGAGGAGUAUGGGGCCAGAAGCAGAACUAGGUUGCUGAUGAUUAAUGGUCCUGUACGGUCUGUGUGUGUAUGUGUGUGCAUAAUAAUACUGCUGUGUCCUCAGGCUUGUGUGUGUGUGUGCAAAGGCUGGCAGAAAAACGGCAACUUGCUCUUAUGUUCAGCCAGAAAAGCAGGUGUCUGUUGUGUUUGAGAGUUCCCAGUUUGCCCACAAAUCAUUUGAACAUUUCUGCGCAGGUAUCCUGUAAUUUAUGUGGCAUGCUGGAGCUCUACUGGCUUUAGUAAGAUCGCCUGUACAGGCAUACCACAUACUCUACAUAGCUCUUAGAAGACUUCAUGAUCAGAGAAGUAAUCCCUCUGUCUGUCUGUGGUGGACUGUAGCUGGGUUAUUGGGACACGGGGCGCCCCUCAAUCUGGUCAGUGUCUUUCACAGAUGGUUAGUGUCCCGCUGACCUCUGUGUAGGACGAAAACGAAAGUUGUUUUGUUCAUUUAGGCGAAUUGUUUGAAUGGGUUGUCGAUAAGCUGUCUCUUUGUUUACAUUAUCUCAAAGGUUUCUUGGGUCAUUCUCACCUUGCUCUCUUCUUUUUGAAUGUUUACAGUCAUAUGGAGAGUGAUGCAUUGACUAUUUUGGACAAAAAGUAAACAAAUAGUCACGCACAAUGCUGACACUAGCUCUUGAUCACAACAUAACACAACCUAUGAAGCAAAUUAGCUGCCUGGUCCUUUUGCAGCCUGCUCCCCCUGCCCCUGAGACCCAGUAUUGAUCAAACCCCUGCGUCACAGGGAGCCAAUGCAGCAUAGCUAUUGAACCUGUGAAAACAAGGCAAAAACAGCCUCGAACAGAGACUUAUUAUGUCCCAGUCCACGAAAAAAACAAAACAAAAAAACCCCAUCAUCUCUCUUAAGGCUCCUUGAUUCAUCACAGUGAAGACACACACUUGUCUAGCUAUCCACCACAAGCAGCACUUACCCAGCUGACCUUGAUGGUUUCUCUCAGAGGAUAAUCAGUUUGGUUCCAGCAAAGCACAGUUAGGGAAAACAGGGGACAUGUUCUGACAUGUCAGAAGGAGCAGAUAAGUGGGAGAGAAAAGACAUGUCCUUGAUUUGUAUUUCAGAUAACCAUGGUAACCGUGCGUCUGCUUUUAUUAUUCUCUAUGAUUCUGAGGACACUUUUAUCUGUGACGCACGAUGUAGUAUUUGGCGCAUGAAGAAAUGCAUUUAAGUGAGGAAGUCCAGGUGGUGUUGGCCUGUCAUUGGGGUUAAAGUGGAGUCAGUCCUCAGGCGUCAGGAUUUGUUCCUCACAUUUCACAGCUAAGAGAAUUUUGAAGGCGCUAAAGAAUGAAGUAAAAAGAAAUGUCAUUAUUUUCCUCCCUCUUCUCCCUUCAAGGAGAAAACAGAGUCGGCUAAAACUAAACCUGUUCUCCCAGAAUUUCUCAAAGCAAUUUCUCUGUUUUCCUGACUUAAUUUGUUUAAUAUAGGCUACCCAUUUCUCCAGGAGUCUUCCCCUAUAUAUGCACCUUGAGGUGUUUUUUCCCCCCUAGAACCCAUUAAUUUAAACCCCAUUUCAAUUUACACUGGCUCAGAGGGGAGGAGCUGCUCGCUUUUGUAGGACAAUGCAGUUUAUGCUGAGAGGUACUUCUGGUGCCCUUGGAGGGAGAGAGUGUGCAUGUGUUUUCUUUCAGGAUGUUAUCUUUGUGUAUGCAUGCAUACACAGAGGGCAUUCCCUCUAACCCGUCGCCCCAUUUCCCCACUCUGGCCCCACAUCUCUAUGGCAAUGUAACCGGCUCGGCAUUUGAACUUUUACUCCACUUUAUGUGGAAAUGGUGAAAUUAGGGUACACCCUAUUUGGCUCUAAGGAUCUUCUUGAGGGGCUUUGUGGAUUUUAUAGCGUUUUGACCUGACAGCCCCAGUGCCAAUGUAUCCACUGUGUGAAUUUCUCUUUCCCUCCACUAUCUACUCUUUCCCUGCUCUGGCAGAUUUAUAGUACACCAUUCUUGGCGUCUCUAUGGUGAACGUUUGUCUGUGUCCUUCCUUGAAAGGCCACUCCAUCUUAUGAGAAGGUGGCUCAUUGUUUCAUCAAGUGAGGGUUCAGCUGAAAGUGAACUUGUUUGAAACUGUUCAGCGUCUGUUGUCUCUGCUGUUUCUUAAUGUCUCCAGCAUCUAACAAUCUGUCAACAUUUGGUUUGAUUUGGCAACACGAUGACCCACAGAUCAAAACGAUCAAUAAUCUGCAUUCUCCUCAUCGAAUUGUUGAUCCAUUCCAAGCUGUGCACAGUGGCUGUUGACCUCUGUUUCAUUUUCCGCUGAUGGCCUCUGUGAUUUACAAACUAAUGAUGCUGAGAAGAUCUUAUUGAUGUGGGACAAAUGUGGAGGUCAGCUCUGAUUAGAUUGCUGUCUGAGUGUCAACAAUGCCCUCUGGGAGGGGCAUGAACUCAGUGAGUGUGCAGCAAUGGCAUUUCAACUGUUAUUAUCACUCCUUUUUAUACACACUGUUUCUUUUUAUGAGUUUGCCAUUGUCAAUACGAUGUAAUUGUGUUAAGAUUAGCCUGGUCAAUACUGGAUUUUUCAGACCCAUCCAAAGAGCAGUUUUAAAACUGUUCCAACUAAAACAUGACUGAUAUGAUGACCGAUAUAAGGCAUUUCAAACCAAAGGGAACAAAAGCAAUGUAUGUGCAUAAACUUAUUUUGCAUUCACAGGAGUGUAAAAAGACAGUAACUAGGGCUGUCCCGAUACGAUAUUGAUAUCGGUCCGAUAUCAACCAAAAAAGGAAUAUCUGAUUAUAUCGGUCAGCAUCUAAAAUCUUAGAUAUCAGCACUCCGAUACAAGCAGUCCAUUCCAGACUCCACUCCAGCACCUCUAGCUAGCAGCGCCCGGUCCCAGUGAUCUGAUCACAACAUCAGUGUGUACUAAGGUACAAACAAAGUAGCAAGGAGGAGGAGUGAUGUCGGCUGUAUGGCAGUAUUUUUAGUUAAAGUCCAAAAAAGACAUUGCAGCUGGGUGUAAAACUUGUCAUGCGCAAGUUUGUGUCAAUAUCUGUAUUGGCAGAUACUGAAGGUUACAAUAUCGGUAUUGUUUAUCGGAAGUAAAAAAGUUGUAUCGGGACACCCCUAAUAGUAACAUUAGUAUCAGUAACAGCCUCUAAAAACACAGUAUUGGCUGGCAUUGCUUCAGUACACCAAGCUGAUACCAUUACCAGUUAGCCUUAGAUGACUAGCUGGUUUGAGGGGAAUUAUCUUUUGACAGAUACAAGGAAACAAUAGUGAGAUACCAGUGGAGAAUGUAAAGUUAGCCAAUUUUGUAAAACUUCAGCAAUCAGUGUUUCUUCACAAAUGUAAUAUCAAUACUCAUAUCAAAUGAAACAAUAUUGGUAUAAAAGCUUAGGAAGCUCUUUAUCCGUGUGGGUGGAUCAAAAAAUUUUAGCUGAUAAGCACGGCGAAUAAGGUGUAGCAUCGUGUAUUUGUACUUUAUGUCAGCUUGCAGGCGCCAACUCAGAGCUUCAGCAUGUCAGCUGUAAAGAAGUAAUCAUCAGCCAACAUAUCUGUAAUAUGCCAGUGUUGGCUGAUGGUUACAUCCAAUCAGGUAAUGCAGUUUAGUUAUCCUCUUAUUUUUAUUCAGGAUAAGGUUAAUUGAUUCCUCCUGGCUUACAAUCCUGCUUCCUUUGCAUUCGCUAACCGUCAGUUAAAAUGACUCUUAAACUAACAUGCUGUUGUCCAGUCCAUGGUCUGCUGUGUGAAUUAUUAAUGCUGUAUUAAGAUGCUCAUGGAAAACCAAAAGCGUGUGUCCUAACCUCAGCCUGACACAGUGGCACUGUAGAGGACUGUUUAUUUACCAGAGAGGAGGAGGAAGAGGAGAGGGAAGAAGAAAAGAGGUGGUGCUCAGUUCAGAUAGAGGAGCUUUAACACCCGCAGGGACAGCUUGAACACUGGUCUUGUCUUCCCCCUCUCUCUCUCACACACUCUCGCAUGCUCAUGUAAGCACAGGGGUGUGUCCUCGGCUCUCUCCCCCUGACAAAUUUAGAAAGAACAGUUGCUCUCAGUCUCUCUCCAUGAAGUGUGUUAGAAAAACACAGUCGCGAGCGGUUAGUUUGCAGCUGUACCUCGCUGUCUUUUUAUUUUUUUCCGACUCAGGAUUAUCAGGAACAGCUCUGGCACGUCCCCUUCCGUGCUCAAUCAGUCAAUUGCAUUUAAAUGUGUGUCCUCCUGUUCUGCUUAGCAGCCAAAGCAAAUGCAGAUUGUGCACACACAGACACAAACACACAAGUCCCCAGAGAACCUGCUUUCUCUGCUCUGCCAGAUCACUUUUCAGGACGGGUUGGGGUCCACGUUUGGCCCCCGUCAGAGGCUGGCACACAUUUAGAAAGAUUGCCGGUGCUGGUUCAUCACUGUCCCCCUGGCUUAUUCUCGAGGAGGUUUUAAAUAUCGCAGCCCACUUUCUCUCCACUCUGUCUUGUUGGCCACACAGACCCUCAGGGUUACUCAGCAGCAGGUGACCUUUCAGCAGCAAACUGAAGGGCUGCCAGCUCUUACUACUACUACUACAGGCCCCUCUCUGAGGCUGAUCCUGUGUCACUGGUGGUGACUCUAAAAUCAGUGGUAUUUUAACUCUCUGUGAACCUUAGUUUCUUUCAGACACCUUCUUUUUAUUUUGAAAGAGUGGGAUUAAAAGGAAAAGAUGCAAAGUGUAGAAGGGCAGUAGUUUCUAGAGGCAGGACUCUCAACAGCAACAACUGAAGUGAAGUCAUUGUUUCAGCUGUUUUGGCCGGUGGUGACUUAUGGCUAUUUCUCAGUGUUGGGAUAUAGUUGUUUUGACAGUGUGGGAAGGUUCCUGGGGAAAUGCCACUAGAGGUUUGUGUGAUACAGGGACGCUGAGAAACCUUUUGUUUCCAGCUAUGUGGGGAAGAAAUAGACUUUCUUUUUUCUUUGUUCCAGCUGACUCUUUGGUCGACCAAAUCCUACUUGAUCCCUGGCUCAGAAUUGAAAUUAAAUAAUGCCCUGAAAUCACUUUGAAGUGGUUUAAUUGUCCCUACAUAGAAUUAUAGCAGGGGAUUGUUACUUCUUUUCCGCUUUUGUGACAUUUAAACAUUGGGGAUUGAGUCUGAAAAUAAAGCGUUGCUGAUUUUUCUGGCUGAGUGGUUUACUAGUUUUUCCAGAUGUUUGCAUUAACUUCCUGCAUCACCAACCAUGAAUCCUGAUUAUCGAACAUCAUAAGGGUUUUCAUGAUUAUGCUAAGCACAUGUCUAGUCGGACAAAUUAAUUUCUUACUAGCAAAAUGGACAAGUAAUGUAUGUAGCUAAUCAUGUUUCUAUCAUUUCGACAAAAAGUCAAUGCUGUUUUUACCUCCCCGGUUCUCCCCUGAAACAUUUUAUGGCCAAUGAGAAUCAAACAAAAGUCCACUUUGCUUCAGACGUCCUCUGCCUUUUCAUGUCAGCAGGCUGAAAGCUCUUGAAAACCUACAGCCUCUCUCAGCAUUCUCCCUGAUUAGACUAAUCAGCAGUGUAAACAGAAACAUGCCCUCCCUUUUUGCCAGUUGUGUCCAGUGGAGGAAAUGAGUUGUUGUCAAUAAUGAGCAGAUGUUUAUCUGUUGCCAAGGGGUACAGUAUGUCCUGUGAUGGUUAUCGCCACAGAGGGUACGGUUGCUAUCAAGGACUGGACUCCAAAUUCAUAGAUGCUGAGACACUGAGCUUCUUGAGGAAUCAACAUAUUGAACUCGCGUCAAUUCUCUUUGGAUCACAGGGUUCCGUACUGAGCAAAGACAGCCUGUAUGUCAGUGUGAAGCUGGACUACAUUCCCUCCUCUCUUGUUUUGUGCUUCGUAUCAUCUCAGCUCAGCCCAACCUUUAAGUGUAUACUGCCUUUAGCGUGUUAUUAGGAGUGUUUGCUUCAGUUUGUAGUCUCCUUUUCUAGUGUUUUGCCCUCAGAGCAGUGGACCGGCUAUUGUUCUCCUUGACCCCUGUGCUGCAAAGAUGAAAAAUGAGGGAGGAAGGGCUGCUGGUGGGAGAAAAGCUAAUGGCAUUUAUAUUAGUGUAAGACUACGAGGAGCAUAAAAAGAUGUGCUAUUUCAGAAGAAUUGUGUUUUAUCUUAUUAAAAAAAGGCAAUAUAUCCAUGUGUUUUGUAUAUUGCCGUUAUUAUACCUUGAAUGUUCUCUCCUUGUCUUAUAUUGGCUGUUUUCCCCGUCUGACCUUCAGCUGUUAUUUCACCAUCCCUGCUGCACAUAGCAGACCCAUCUGUGUUAAGCCCCCAGGAAGGACAGGGGCGCCCCGUUCUGAGGGAGAUGGAUGGAACUAAACGUUUUCUGACCUCACUCAGUGGGUUUGCCACUGUGUACACACACACACACUCAUGCGCACAGGCCUGCAGACUUGGGCAAAUUUUAGCUGUGCACAUUCAUCUGUCUGUCUUAGCAACUGUGCCGGGCUGUGGCAGACUCCACUGAAUGUGGUGCUGAGCUGGUUAUGCUUUAGACAGAACAUGCUGAUAACAUGUUAACAUAUAACUAUGGUUCAGCACAUUGCUUUGACAGGAGUUUUCUCCUGGGCAUGAGGUGCAUUUGGAAGGAAAAGCUUUCUAACAAACUAAUACAGGUCUAUAGUGGUAUAAAAAUGCUACAUGAUCAUUUUUAAAGCCUGCUGCUUUGGGGUAUUUUUCAGGAAAUCUGUUUUUUUUCCCCCUGAAGCUGUUUGUUCUACAUUUAGGGGGCCUGGUUGUUGUAGCCUGCUUAAGGGGUGUGCAAAUGGUGACAGAGCAGCUGUUGGGAUCUGGCAGCUUGCUCAAAGGGGGUGUCUUUGCACGUACAUGUGUGUUUGGUAGUGCGUGCACCUGCAGUGGGAGUGGGUAAGGUUUGGGGUUUAUGGGGGAAGGGGGGGUAGUAGUUGGCAGUGAGUGGGAGGUGGAGUUUUGCAUUGCAGAGACUGUACAGUAAGUUUUCCUGCAUGCAUGCGGCGGCAUUUAAACAUAUGUACCUUUUGUGGAGCGACUGCAGUGAAGUCUGACCCAUAAAAACGUAGAGAGUGACAUCAUACGCCCCUGUCACAGUGUGUAGGAGGCGCCUCUGCAGCAGCACACUGAGUUCUUUUCUUACCUGCAUGUACUCCAAACAGUGUUAAUGAAAAGUGCGCCCUCCAUCUGCGCUGCUGUGCCUGGCAUUUAUAUCUAAUUCUAAUGAAGGGUUAUUAAAGCAGUAGAUUAUUAUUGUUAAGAUCGCAUAAAGCUCAGCCAUUAAUACGUCAUCAUUUAGCAUUUUACACACUUUUAGUCUUGCAUAGAAAAUGGAGCUAAAAAAACUCAUGGUGCACACAGAUUUGGGGCAGAGUGGGGGUGGAGUAUGGGGGACUCUAAGCGUAUCAGACCAGAUUGCUGUGCCAUGUCUGUCAAUGAAAGCGGCUGAAAAGCUGCAGGUGCUUGUGGGAAACUAAUACCUAAACCCCAUAGCCACCGCUCUAAUGGAUUCACACAUGCACUUGGUCCCUAAGCAUAAUGUGGUUAUACCCCCUCAACCCAGAUGCUCCAUUCAUGGCCACUCACCAGCUGAAAGAUUGUAUACCAGCCCCUCACAGGCUGGAACAUUAUGCAUGCGUAGACGAACACGCAGAGCGGUGGCAGACUUUGUGUGUUCCAGGCUACAUUUGGGAGCACUUCACUCAAGUGUGUUUUGGCAAGAGGGAAUGGACGGGGGAAAUGUAAAGAUUUGCUUAGAGUAGCUAGAUGAGGUUUUUUUUUCUUCAGAAGUUGAUUAGAAACAAAUACUGACGGGCUGCAUGAUUAUGCCCAAAAUGAUAAAGACUUUUGCUUAGAUCUCUACCAUCCAUUCUGAUUAAUCUUUGAUUUGAGGGACAUAUUUUUAAAACAGAAAUCAUGCAUGUCAUUUGCAGGGAAAAAAAUCAGCUCAAGCAGUGGCUCACUUUGUCCCUUUGCUUUACUAAAACACACUAUCUGAUCCUCCUGCUCUUUGAAUUUUUUGAUGUUAUUCUCAGGUUGCCUCGUUUGGUCCGGACUUUAGGACUUUUUGGUUUGAUCCAAACCAAAAUGUCAUGUCUGAACACUCCCCCUGACCACGGUCCCGACUUUUGUUGGACCAAACAAGCUGACCAUGGUCCCCCAAAAAAGUCGAGACUCAGUCCAGUUUGAAGUGAACCAUGUUCUGGUUCGCUUCAGGUGAGAAUGUAACCGGACUUCUUAUAAGACCAAAUACAGGAAGUAAACCAAAACAGCAGGGCAUCAGAAUAGGAAGCGAAGGGUCUUUGAGCGCUAGUAGCCUGACGGAGAGGAGGAGGAAGCUGACGCGUUAUAAUUUAUCACACCAGAAUGUCUGAAACUACCGGCAAAAGGACUGGUUACGUCGGAAAUCAAUACUACAGUCAUUAAUGAUUCACAUCCCAUCCCGAGGUGUACUGGCUAGAAUUCUUGUAAUGUUGAAAACAUACCUCACUCGUCUUCUGUGUAAUAAAUACAAAGAAAACAUAUCAUAGGCGCCCAUAAGGGCCCGCCUUCUCCUUCGAUAACGUCCUCAGAAUCAUGUCACACAGUCUAUGGUCAUGGCUCACAUGUCUCCAUCUGUCCUUGUUGCAGCACCAUAUCAAUUUAAUAGCUGUCCAAGCUAAUGCUUUACGCUGCUGCUGCUCCAUUGUUGACGGAAAAAAAUGACAGAAGGUGAUUUUCUGACCAAUAGCUGAGCGACCUGUAGACCGCAUGUGAUUUGUUUACUAAAAAGGUACGUUUCCGGAUCAGAGGGAGUGAAAGUGACCUCAGUUAUGGAUUGCUAAAAUAAAUGGCAUCAUAAACAAUGAAAAGCUUCACUGAUAAGUGGAUCCUAAGUGGUUGAAAAUAUAUAAAGUGAGUGUUGUCAUUCGGGUAACUUUUAUAAAAUGAGCUGCUGAUGAAUAAUGUUUAAUACAAAUUGGAAACAGACUUUAUAGGGUUAUGCAUUUCUACUUUGCCUUCAAUCUUGUUUUACAGAAUAGCCAAUAUUUACCAUGAAAGACCAUUUUUGAAUGAGCAUUUUUUUGCCAAUUUUAUCUCCUAUUAGACGAGUAAUCCUAACCUUAAGAGACUGAUUGUAAAUUUAAGAGGGAACAGCACACUCCCUGUCCCUGCAUGUUAACCUGCCUCUGCAUCACGUUUUGCACACUUGCACCUAUUUUCCCUCCUUGUCUCAAGAGGUUUGAAGAGGUUCCACUGCCUGAAAUCGCACAUAACAGUCCCUUUCAGUUAGAAACCAUAAGCAUUUACUCUAGGAUGAAGUGUGGAUUGCUUAUUUGUGUAACUGUAAAGGGAGCUAAAGUUUGAAGAGUGUUGGAUUUGGAGGGACACAUAAUAUUGAUGAAUAAGCCAUUUAAAUGGUUUUACAUAACGUGACUGCAUGAAAGACUUUUAAGAAAACGAAAGCAGUAAACUUAUUUGGAGUAGAAGAGGCACAGAGGAAUUAGCACAUUUCUGUCAGGCUGUGUCUUUGAAUGACGUUUCAUCACCGAGCCAGUUAAAGAGAGCUGUGUCGGUCUCAUUGGCUUGUCACAGGGGGAGAUUGCAAGAGAGACAGAGUGGAAUAGGUCUAAUAAAUAACACUUUAUAAGGCUAGCACAGAUGGUGAGACCGUCUUUCUUCCUUUUCCAACUAACUCUUGACUGACAACAGUUGAAUAGCUGCACAGAAAAUAGCUCCUGGGUCCCGCUGAAAACAGAAUUUAAUACGGCACAGACGUCAAACGUGAAUCAUUAUUCACUUGUAUCUACAGUCUUCAGUUUGAGUUCAUUAAAUAACAAGUGAAUGUGCGUACAGAGCUGUUUGGUACAGGUCUUAUCUGGUUUGCCUCACAAUAAACUUACUGAGAACAAUAAAUGGGCCUUGGUUGAGUUUGCAACUACAUCAGUCAGAGAGAUGUUUAUUCAUGCUUAAAUACAACAGUCUCAAUGGGUUUAUGGGAAAAAAAGGCAAUUUCUAUCAAGUGAUUUACUUUAUUUGCAGACAUAACUGAAUCAAAGCACCAAGAUGCAUUGAAAUAAAAUUGAGUUAUUCACCAUGAGCAUCAGUCAGGAAACUGAGAUAUAUAAACAACAAUUGGUGCGUAAAUAAUCAAUCAUAGUGUUAUUUAUCUCGACAUAAACUGCAAGGGGAUUUUAUAAAGUAACCCUUCCGCUUUCCCUCAAGCAAGUCUUUGAAUCUUUUGUCCCGAACAGUGUUUGUCCGUCUGACAGUGAUGGAUUCAGAGGCCCAGUCGCUUGUUAUAAUGCAGCAUUCAAAGAGCGAGCAGCUGUGGGGUGACCUGAUAUGCAUCACUGGCUGGAUUCUCCUUCCAUCACCAUGUUCCCAGUUUGUUUUUUUUUCGCUACUUUGCCAUUUAGAUUUCUUUGCAGUCAGCCUUACUCCCCGGCCCAUCUGCCCCUGAAAUGGAUUCUGGUGGACAUCAGCAACAGCAAAGUUGCAUUCUUUUGCUGUACAUGCAGGUCCAGAAGCCUGAGGGCAGCACCAGAAUCAGCAGAAACUUGCAGUUUGGUGUCAGAGGUAGGAGCCAUGACCUCAAAAGUUAUGCAAGGGAAAAAGAAGAGGGUCCCUGAGGAAAGCCUUGUGUGAUAAGGUUUAUGAAGGACGCUGCAAAUGCACUUUUUUUCUUAGUGAAGUUGCUGGUUAAAGCAGUUAAUUUUUGAAGAAACACAUGCAAGCGUCUGGCAGAAUUUUAGCUUCACCAGCUGGCUGACUACUGUACCGAAAUAUCUGUCCUGCAGAUUAGGAAAAGCUAGAAAUAGAGAAAACCCUGCUGUGAUCCUUUUUACUUCAUUUUUCUACAUAUUUGAUUUAGCAAAGUGAGUCCAGGAAGCCCCUGCAUGGAAAGCGAAACAGCUUUCAUGAAAAUUUAAUUACAAAAUACUGUUUAGGCUUUUCCCUUUCCUGCAGUUAGAUGUACGAUGUGCGAAACCUUCACAACUUCUUCCUUUUUUUUCUUCCACCCUGAUGACAGAAUUCAUUUCAACCUUGUGCCGCAUCUUCACAGGAUCUCUGAAUUGGAUCUCCACCUGCCCCUUUUUUGUAUCUCACCCCUGCAUCAUCAAUCAUGCACCACAUCAGCACAUGACAUCUGGAGGAGAGACAGGGUCACUGGGUCAUAGUGUGCUGUAAUCUAAGGGAGGGGGAUGGAUGGGAAAAGUCAGUGCCAAGACUCUGAUCAAAUUCACGAUGCCCCUUGUGACUGGUCGUAUCUUUGCUUAAGGGGCUUAUAACAUAAAUGGCAGGAAUUAAAGUGGUACCAAAGCCCACUGGGUGGCCUGAGAGUUGAUUUCCAAGUACGAAACGCUUUGAUGUUGCUGAUCGUGUGGUUUCGCAGAAGUCACGUCUCUCUAAGUCUUUGCACCAGCCUGUGCUGUCUGCACGCCAGGAUCAAAGGUCUGUUCUUAAUCCAUUAAGAUAUUCACCCCAUCCUGCAUCUCCCUACAUCGUGUACUCCACCGCUGCAUGAUCUGAACUUCACUCCUAUCUUAGCCUUUUAACCACCCACUGUUCUGCCUGUGGGAUGCCAGAACUGCAUGUUCUUCGCUCUCAGGCUGCCACUGUACUUUUACAUAUUUUAUGAAUAAAAGGAGAGCACAUAGAGUACAUGUAUGAGUAGAUAAUGUUUUAGUUUUUCUGGACAUUGUGGUCAAUUUAAUAAAUAAUCUCCUGUCUUCACAAAUGAUACAACAUGAAAGUUACGGUCUGAGUCCAGGUUAUUGCAAGUGUUCAAAUGAGAAGGUUGUGAUGUACAGUAAUUUGGUAAAAACGUAAAUAUAAUCAGAAAUUAUGUUUUGAUUUUGAAAUAAUUUGCUUUCUCAUACUGAUAAUAAAUCCUGUUUUUAAACUAUUUUGUUUUAGGUUUCUCAUAACGGUGAUGUGAAUAGAGCGCAAGAAGCAACCGAUUGAGGUUAUACACCUUGUAUCUUUGUGAGCGGUCUCUUACAGACUGCAGAUGUCUUAUGUUUAGUCGACCCAAUGAUUGGAUGUGGUCAACCUCACAGGCCGGUACCACAGUUACUGGUCAGUCACAGACACUAAUAAGACUUUUGUCAGUAUAAACUUCAAAAUAAUGGUUGUUUGCUGUCUAACAUGUAGGCAGAAUUGUAGCUUUGCUAAAUAACAGCUGCUGUAAUGCUAAUGCCAUGCAUAACAGUGGUAAAAAAAAAGCACAAAUGACAAAAAGCACAGAUGGUAAGAUCAGUAUUUUUUAUCUAGAAUCUUCCCAUAAUGAAUUGAGUAGAAUUGUAUCGUCUCAAAGGCUUGGCUGCACUGUCACAUUGUCGGCCUGCAGAUCUCGUGUUUGGCUGUUUUGAAUGAUUUGUGCAGACUAUUUUUUAUGACAUUCGUGGUUUAAAUAGUCAGGAAAUAUGGACGAUAGAGAGUGGGGGUAAAACAUGCAGAGAAAGGGGAAUGGCUGGGAGUCUAACCUGUUUGCUGCUGCAACAAGGAUAGUGGCCUUGGUAUGUUGGGUGUACUUGAACAGUCAGGACAACCUGUGCCUCCAUUGUACUCAAUUUUGACUGUUUCCUGAGUGGCUUCUUAUCUUUAGAGCAUCUAUCAAAAUUUGUUGCCCUUUGAACAACCAGGAAACUAGUUGAUUUUGAGCAUCCUGGUUUUAGGCAUGUUAUUAUGAACUGAUUGAUAUUGAAUGCACCACAGCUAUUCCUGUAAGUUUAUGUGAUUGCAUGUGGUCCAGGUUGAACUAGUGGUCUGUUUGUAAUCAUUAGCAGGGCUGAGUGUGUCAUAAUUGGCAACCACAGGACUUCACACAACCAUGUCUUGAUUAAAUGUAAUUAAGUGGUGAAAAAAAAGGUAGCGUACAAGAUAAAAUAAUUAAAGCUGGAAUGUAAUAAAAUGUCACCUUUAAGAAAAUUAAAAAAACACGGAGUCAAAGGGGCGCAGCGUGCUCCAGAUUGUAAUAGAUACUCUCUUUCCAUCAGUCUGUCAAGUUCACACUCAGUUUACUGCCAAUUGUAUGCAAACACAUGCAGCAGCAUAUUUAUAGACCUGCUGCUGAGGCUUUGCUCUGUUUCGGUGGCCAAACAGACUGGUUGUGCUAAACCAACUGCUGUGCCACUGCAAAGCUAAAUCUGCAUGUUAUUAUCACAGAGACAAUAUCUGCCAGCUUAACACAUGGUGGAGAGAUAACUUCCUGACCUGUUUGUAACAUUCUUAGAGCGGUGGAGCUGCAGUUUGUGCUCGUGUGACUGUAAAAAUGGAUUUAAUUUUGGCUUGUUUGCCAUUGGCUACACUAAGAGGAUUUGUGUUUUUAUCCGUCAUCCCAAUCAUACCCAUCCGAUCACCCAUAUCAGUCCAAAGUGUGUCUAUAUCUGUAUUCUCUGCCUUACGCAGAAUGAGGAUAACAGAUCAAGUUUGCUAUAUUAAUUCAACCUUUUUUUUAUCUGCCUCAUUCUUGCGCCCCACCUCAGAAACCCUCGUCCUUAACUUUGGCGACAUCUCAACGUCUUUAGGUUUCCCACUUGCAUCUCCCACUUGUGUCAUUCACGCGCGACGUAGCCCCGCCUACCAGAGCUGCAUGAAGAGAACGAAGAGAGGAGAGAGUGUACUAGGAAGUUUGUUGUAAGACACAUGAGACUUCUUUUCCCCCCCGGGCCGUCACAGACAAACUCCCCUCAGAUUUAAGGCUCACUCUUUUCAUGGAGUAAAGAAGAAAAGAAAUAACACAAAAUCUUAAGCGUUAUCCUAUGUUGUAUUGGUUUUAUGACAGUUAUACUCGAUAUCUUUUGCUUAAUAUUCUUGUCAGACCCUUUUUAAUCUCAGCUCAUCACAUACUGACUGUUAAAAAAAAAAAACAGGGCUUUCCUUAGUGACUGUUUUAAGGUCUGUCUCUUCCUCAUUGUUAAACUCCAGUGAUGUGAAGGUUCAUUGAAGUCCACUCUGCAGCAUCCAAUCAGUGAGUGAUAUGGUGUCUGUCAGUGAAAGGAGUCUCGUGACGGCUGCUUUUGUGCACCCUCACUCAUCAUUCCCCUGACUUCCCUCCUCUAUCCUCUCUCCUCUGUCCUCCAAGCUGUGUUAAGGGCUUUGGAAGACCACUUAGCAUGGCAGGUCUAUAAGUACUCAUGGCUUGCCGAGGACUGAGGACAGAGGAGACUGCGGUUAAUAGUUUUGGGAUCCAGGGUUUAAAUUGUCAUUUUUUCUGCUCAUGUCCUCUCUCAAUGUCUCAUUUUUUUCUUCACGUCACUUCCUUCAGGACUUUUCUAAAUCUAAAGCUCUUGUACCCAUCAAGACCCUUUUCCAUUACCUACCUAAUGCUUAAUGCAAGAGCACACACUAUGCACAAAUAUCUAAUAUGCCAAUAGGAAGGUGCAGGCAGGUUUAACAUUUGUUUUUUAGCUGCCGCUGUCAUAAAUCAUUGCAUGUAAACUAUUUAGAAAAAUCUGGUGUUUAUGACAAACAAACGGAACCACAAAUGCUCAAGUCUGUCUGUAUUUAUGUAACACACAAAAUCGGGGCCUUGUCUGAGUUAAGCACACUGCCAAUAUGCUGCAAAUCUGCCAAUCUUCUGAUUUUAUCUGCAAGAGGACACUCAGUGCUUAAAGGUACACAGUGUAGUAUUUAGAAGAACAGACUUGAUAGAAGGACAGUGGGAUCUCUGAAUGUAAGAAUACAUUUGUUUUUGCCAUUUUUAAAGAAGCCUUUUAUGGGAGCGGGACCCCUGUCCAGAGAGGUCGCCACCUUAUACUAUCAUGUUCCUUCUGUGGCACAGCCCGGACAAACUAGUAACAUAUGGAUUAGUAUUUAGAAAGUGGCUGUUUGAAAUGUGUCUGCUGAAGAAGAGAGCGGUUUUUGUGCGAAAUGAAUCUGUUAUAGAUUUUUUUGAUUUAAGAAACAGAGGUUUAGAAAUACUUACGGUGCAUCAGAGACGUUGAUAGUCCUCGAAGGCCUCUGUUCCCUCACUGACUGGAGGAGUGAGCAAGUAAGCCUCUUAAUGUAUCAUAUGACCGCUAGAUAUUAUAAUUGAAUUUGUAUGUAGUAUCUUUCGUGCUCAGCUGUUUGUGUGAAAAGUUUUAUUCUCUGUUCAUUGAGCCCUUUUAUAAUUGAAGGCAUCAGGACAACUGUGCUGAUGAAUGUGCACAACAGGACAUUGCUUUGCCAUUUUGUACAGACAUCAUUCAUUACCUUCAUUAAAUGACAUGAAAAUAACACCAGGAUGCUGCACAGUCAGUAACCCUACAAAACUGAGCACAAGUCAGGCUCAUCUGUAUUCUGUCUGUUACUGCAAGAAACAUUAGAUCACUAGAAUUUAUUCAUUUUCCUCUCCUUGUAAAAUAAAUACAUUUAAGCUACAUUUGUUUUAUUACUGAAAUGCAUUAUGUGAUUAUGCCGCUCUAGCACAUUUAUGGAUAUGUGAAAGUUUAAGCCCAGAGAUAGAAGAGCAUUCUGACAGAAAUGGUUUCAUGAUUUAUGGAGAAAAACAUAAACAUGCUUUUGUUUAAUUUUGCCUUUCUAUGCGACUUCGCUGUUAGAAACAUCCAGUUAUUCACACGGACUGCAAAUGUAAAACGCAGUGCUUCUGCAUCCUGCUGCCCUCCAUCAGCCACACAAUAUGAUGAUUUCCCAAAGAAGAGCUCUCAGUUUAAUUGAGCUGUUGUUUUGAGAGAGCUGUGAGACCAGAGACGUGACUGGUAACGUUUGUAACCGUUAAUCAAAAGUGUCCCGUCAUCUUUUCAUUUCUGCUUUUUGCACAGCUUUACAAUAAGACAGCUUGAAUGAUAACAAAACAAUGCAAAAUGAAAGAGCGGCACGACACAAUCUUUCCACAAAAAAUGGAUUUAGUGAAAACAUUCCUAUUGAUAUUAUAACAGAUUUCUACUUUUAUAACGUAUGCGUAUUAAUGCAGUUUUUUGUGUGUCUGUCUGUAUUUGUGUGAGUCAGAGAGGCCAUAGUCCCCCCUGCAUGCCCUCAGGGUAAAACUGUAAGGUUAGGACUUGUAAGAAGACACUGCUAUGUCAGCAAGUCGCCAUGACAAUGCCGUCAUUCCCCCUGUUUCAUUGUCUUUUUUCUCCUCUUGUCUCUGGGCUGGUGGAGGUCACAUGACAGAAUUGAUCCCUCAUACCACAGGGAUACAUGCAGUGCUGUCCCUUUCUAUUUGCUCUCUUUCUAACAGCAGCAUAGAUCAUCUGUCGUACAGCUGUCACCUGCAGCCACACUUCCCACCGAGCUGUAGACACUCAACUGUUUAGCGCUGUAUCAAAACUGUGGGUGCUGCUGACGCAUUUCAUAAAGUAGAUGUCAUUUAAUAAGGCAGAACAGCUGAUUUUGAUUAAUUUCGGUCACAUAGCAAGUGUGGAAAUAGAUUAUUCUCUCAGGUCAGUGACAGUAUGUGUGCUGCGGAACGCUGCACGAAUCAGCUUGACAUGGCUCUUAAGUAAUGCUGAAAGAUAAUGUGGAAGCAUCUUUUUAGAGAUUAGACAGACGCUGUAAUGCAUUGAAUACAAAUCCAAGGUUGUUGUGUAGCUGCCUGCCAUCCAUUCCCAGCCUUGUUUGGAGGCUGAUCGAGCUUUGUAGGCUAAUAGCCAGGUGGAGGGCUACAUAAUUUAUUGAAAGCAAGUUUCGAGCCAGAGAGCGGGAGCCAGACUCAUACCUCAGCAGCCUUUAUUGCGAGGAAUUGACAAGAGAGAAACGAGUCCCAGAAUAAAUAAGACUUCCUGCACAUGGCCUGGAUGUAAACAUAACCAGCCUUUGCAUACACAAAUUUUACCCUAUUCAGUUUAUGUCGAGUUGCAUUUGCAAUAAAAAGACUGUCUGACACGAUGGGUCUUGUUGUGAAUUGCAGCCUCAACCUUGUAACCCCACAGUGUUCGGACAAGUAAUGAAAGUCCUGUCCUGUCUUUUGUCCACGUAAUUAAAUCAAAUCAUUAAUCUGUGGUAAUGAGUCUGGCCACAGGGGAGCUGCUUCAUUAGGUGCAAUGUGCUUUCUCAUCAGGUCUGGCUUGCUGCUCGUUCACUUCCUUCUUCUUCUGCUGCUCUGGCUGCGUCUUGGGGGUGAGGGGUGAGGGGUGAGGAGAACAGAAGGUCAAGAGGGGUUGAAGGGGGGUGGGGAUUUGGCAACUUGGACGCCAUUUUAUUGUUUUGACUCAAGUUCCAUUCAUAGCUGAGACAACUAGGAAGAUAGUGAGGCACUUUUCUGUAUUUGUAACAAAUAUUUGACUCUAAAUCAACCAUUCAAGUAACACGUUUAGGUUAUAUUGAGCUUCUCUGUUAACCGACUACAAUUAAACGCUUAUUGACACAUACUAAUGAAUGUUAUUAUAUUCCUUUUCUACACAAUUUGUUCUGCCAAGAUAAAUUUUAUAAUCGUUAUCGCAUCGACAGCCUCUGGUUAUUAACCUUAUUGAAAUCAAGCUCCUGCCUCUCACUGUUUCCACUCCUUGCUGCCGUUCUUCCUUCUGUGUUACCUUCAUUAAUUUCUCUUGAAUGAGCCGGUGCAGCUCAUGAAUACAGAGGCUUUCACAAAGUGUGGAGGAGGCAGCAUGGAGACAACAGAGCAGCGCCGGUCCCUGAAGGUUAGAUGUGAGAGGGAUGUUGCUGAGCAAGCUUUAUCACUCAGUUACACAGCAGGAUCAGUCACCACAGACUGCAGCCCGGCUCCUCUCCGAUUCUUUACGUUCAAUAACUCCCCAAUCUCUCCCCUCUUCUCUGAUGUUAUUAUGUUUCCUCCAUCCCGAUCUGUUUUUCCUUGUCACCGCUGCCUCCUCCUCCUCUCGCUUUUAAAUUUUUAUUUCUUCCUAUGUGCCACUUUAUCAGAUCAUUUUUUCCUGGAGUAUAGCUGAGUGAACCUCUUUUUUUUCGUUUGCCUGACAUUGCCACGUCCAUCCAUCACAAACUCUGCAGCUGAAACACCAAAGUGGGGUCAAUGAUGCACCAUAAACCCUCUAACCUUAUUCAUCCCUCAUUGUUACCUUUGAUGCCCUUGCACCUCCCCCUACCUUGUUAUCACGUGCAGGAGCGCAAGCGUCCAUGUGUGUAUGAAGGAAGCAGAGCUGGCUGACCUUGGUUGACGUUGAAGUCACUGAGUUGUAAUUGAUCCAUUGAUGCUUCUUGAUUGGCUCUUUUUUUAUGUCCAUGUGCGGUCUGUUUUUUAUAUCCCAGCCUUGUGCAAUAAAUUCUCCCCCGAACCUCAUUAAUAUCUUAAUGCUGAUAUUGGUUUCUGCUUGUAAUAUGUUAACUUGCACGCUCUGUGACUUCAUCCCCAAUUUAAAUCUUCUCAUGCAUGUCUAAUGUGUGUAUGUAGUCAGCACAAAAUCCUCACAACGUAUUGAAAGUCAGACUGGAUGGUCAUGUAGUUGGUUGAGAUGCUGACUUUGUAUAACAUAAGGGAGAAAAGCCAAUAACUGCAGCAGGGGCUCCUAAUCCAUUACUCCACACGUGUAGACAGCCAUAUGGAGCCGGUAAUGUUUGUCCUUCACGUGCGGCUGGUAAAGGUCUAUUGCGUAAUUGAGCAAAGUGAGCCUGUGAUGCACCAUGCAUUCCACAUUGGCAUGCACCCCCAGUGCUCUGCUGACGUAUAUCAUCGCAGCAUGUGUGUUAGUGUGUGUGACGGAGCGCUGCCACUCUGCCAGCAUAUUCCUCAAUCCAGCAGCUCUGCCCCAGUUGCCCUUCAGCCCAGUUACAAGCCCUCCAAUCCCCUCAUCCCUGAAUAUCCCGGCUGGGUGCCAGGCGAGCAGUGUAGGGCAUCCUCUCAGGCUAGGUUUAUGACCCUGCUUUCGUCCUCCAGUCGGGCAGAACACUGUAAAUGUGAUGGAUGGAGUUGCAAGGCUGGCGCUUACACAGUCACCCAAAGGGUAGAAAUAUGGCUGUUAAUGCCCUGAGAAAAGGUUGAUGGUGAGUAGAGGGCAAUGAAAGAGCUGUUCUUGGUGUUUACCUUUGCCUGAUGAGAGAGUGACUGAAAACCCUUAGAGCGUGGCUUAUGUCAAAGUCUGUUUAGAUGAUGCAGGACUGAGUUUGAGGGAUAGGAAGGAUCAGCGUGAUGAUUCGUGUAGUACAUUUGCUUAAGACUAGGGAUGUCCCAGUAUGAUAUUGAUGUAUGAUAUCGGUCUAAUAUCAGCCAAAAAAUGAAUAUUGGAUUAUAUCGGCCAGCAUGUAAAAUCUCUGAUAUCAGCACUCUAAUACAAGCAGUCAAUUCCAGAUUCCGCUCCAGCACCUCUAUCUACAUCGGAUCCAGCAUGCAGAGCCCAUGAUAUCACAACAACAGUGUGAACUAAGGUAUUAGCUAAGCUGUGUUGUAGUAUUUUCUGUUUAAGUCCGAAAAAGACACUGCACCUGAGUGCAAAACUUGUCAUGCACAAGUUAGUGCCAAUAUCAGAUCGGCCAACACUGAAGGGUACAAUAUCUGUGUCGUAUUGGAAGUAAAAAAGUUGUAUCGGGACACCCCUACUUAAGGCUACCAUUGCAAUAGUUGUGGGACCAUUUCCUUGCCCCUAUUAGAUAGAUCAGGUAGAUUAGAGUUAGAAAGAAAGAGAGAAAGACAACAGCAUAAAAAUAUUAAGAGAAAGAUGACUCCAACAACUUAUUACUCUUUCCAUUUCUUUUAUCCCUUUACAAAGCGGCUUAAAAACACACAUCAGCUGAAGAACUUUCGGAGUUACACUUUUAAAACAAUUUUGAAGAGUUCCACUAAGAGGCAGGAGAUGUGAAUCCAAACCCUUGCUAACUAUAAAACCGUGUGUAUCAAAGAUUCAAAGUUAUCUGCAUCCAUAAACUCAGGUCCUAGGGUCUACAGAGAAUCAUAGCCAUCCUCUUUAUUGCCGUCUGUGUUUUAUGUUCAAUAGAUGGGAAUUAUUUUGCAGUGUAGCAUAAAAGCCUGACUCAGGGGCUUAGGUUUUGUCAGGGAGUUUUUAAUUUUAAGAUGGAGAUGGUAGGAUAAGACCUCUCUCUCUCUUUCUUUGUCCUUGCUGACUGUAAUUAAUUGUUUAUUGUCUCUGGGUGGUAAUUUAUACAGUUACAUUGUAUUAACAAAAUGACUGCUGGGGUGAAUUGACUCUCCAGUUGACAGGAUAUGAGAAAUGGCACGGUGAAAGGAAUUAAAAAGAUGAAAUAUGAUAUGCAAGGGGUAGAGAGAAAGAGACUUGAAUUGUGAAAGAGGGAUGGUUGCUUGCUUUGGGUGCUCGGAGAGGUGAUUCAUGUCUGCUCGUGUUGAUUUAUCCCAGGAAAACUGCGGCAGAUGUUCAGGCUUAUGUGCAACAUACAUUUUCUUAUUGCACAUUUUGAUUUUAGUGUGCUUCAUCCUAUCAAAUGUGCCUGUUUGUGUGCAGAAACGCGCACAAAGACCAUUCACCAGAGUCACUGGAGCCAAGGGAAAGGACUAUUGUUGUCCUGCUGUUCAUGUUCAUGUGUGUGAGCUCGUGUGUGUGUCUGCAUUAGGCUGAUAAGAGGAUUUAUUGAAGGUCCUUUUUGUUAUUGAAGCAGUUUUUUUCUUCUCUCUCUUCCCCCCCAAUAGUUUUGUUAUAAGACGCCAUAAUUUAAUUAAGCUUCAAUAGAUUUUUGUUUUGCAACAUGGCUGAGAACACACUCUAGUAGUGAGCAUGCAUAUUCGCUCUGUUAGCCACAUUCAGGUGAAGAGGGGGUGUCUGCACACACUUAAAGUGCUGUGAAUGCAGGAGAUGAUGACAGACUUUGAAGAUGUAAAUGCAAAUGUUGGAGGAAGAGCUGAGAUAUUCUGAAUAUUCUGAGAUGAGACGGCUUUUUUGAGCUUCAUUUCAGACAACAACAAACUUUGUUGACAGAGGAGAACAGCGUGUGCGUGCGUGCAUGCGUGCGUGUGCAUUUGUUACAUAACCUGGCAGAGAGUAGGUGUUCCUCUGGUCUUGGGGGAGAAACGGGACAUUCGAGUGCAGCUCAGAAGAUACAGCACACCUGCUGCUAAACUAAUGUGUUUUCUGGUUUUGUUCCUCCAAUCAGAUAAAGCAUCACCAUCCUUCUUUUCUUGACCUAUCCCAGACCUGCUGAGUAAAACUAACACCUGCCUCUUAAAGAUCCUCUGGAAGCAAAAAGGGCCAAAACCAAACACUGAUUUUUAAAUCCCUACAUCCUGAAAAAAAUCCCCUCCAUGUAAUUUGUUAUUUCCACAAAUAUGUUCUCACAGUAACACCAAAGAGCUAAUUCCUUCCUUCAGUCACACACACAAGCACACACUCACUCACUCACACCCUGGCACCCUGCGGCGGUGGUCCAGGUGUAAUUAUAGAAAGUUUUGGCCUCUGAUUACCGCUGGAAAACAGCUUUGACUCGUGUCUCCGCUGGAUGUCCGCAGGAGGUUUUUCCACUUGUCCAACUACGGUUAUCUAACUUUAAUGAGUUUUUCCCUUCCUGUGGGGAAGUGACAGAGUGUGAUUGGCUCACCUCAGUGACUGUAAGAGAGCCCCUCUGGGUUAAUGUUUCACCCCCUCACUCACUCUGAGAUUGGGAGAGUUACAGGCGUGCCCUCAGGUCAGUGCGGGACCUUUUCAGGUCGAGUGUUACAGGCGCUUGAAAAGCUGUGAGAAAUGACCUCAGGGACGCUGCAGAGAUCCCGCUGAUCUCAGUGCAGGUGUUGUGAACAUGAUGAGUGAUGCAUCGGUGGUAAUGAACAGCUCCUGUAGGUCUCAUUUUAACAGUCACGGGUUGUUACCGAUGGGUGAUUAACAGCAUUAAUGAAGAAGGUGGAAAAAUCUCACACACUAAAAUGAAGUACAAGCUUCCUAAUUUUCCAUAAUGAGCCAAUUUAGGCUCCAUGCUUAAAUAACCCUUAAAUUAGUUUUUAUUAUCAAGUUAGAAGAACAGUGUGAAAGUACCUGGUGUUGUGGACGUUAAUGAUUGCUUUUGUCUGUGUCUCUUUCAGCCAUCAUGUAUGUGAUGGGAGCUCUGGGACCUGCAGCCGGAUACCUGCUGGGAGGCGUCCUCAUCGGAUUUUAUGUCGACCCCAAAACUGUUGUCAGCAUUGACCAGAGUGACCCUCGCUUUGUUGGCAACUGGUAAACACACUCCCACACGUGUCGCAUCUCCUGAGCCAUUAAAUACGUUAAUUCGUUAAUCAAUCCGGUCGUUCUUUUGAAAUUCCUCUGCUGUGCCUUAACUCCAGGUGGAGCGGCUUCCUCCUGUGCGCCAUAGCAAUGCUCCUGGUCAUCUUCCCCAUGUUUGCCUUCCCCAAAAAGCUGCCUCCUCGCCACAAGAAGAGAAAAAAGAAAAAGAUCGGCUCACCCGGUGAUGUCUCCAGUGAUGAUGAAAUGAUGAAGGAAAAGUCCAGUAGCAAAGGCCAGAACGUCUCCUCCUCCAUGGGCUUUGGAAAGGACAUUAAAGGUGAGGACAAAAUGAUUCAACCUCUGGACAUCGUUGAAGCUGCCUCGACAAAGAAGCUGUGAGCGAUUGAUGCACAAAUGACCCGUAAUCCCAUCAAUGAGUGGGAUUAGUCAUCUCAUCUCAUAGUGGGAGUUCCAUUGAGAUCUCAUGUAAAGACAUUAUUGAUUAGUGAUGGAGGUGGCUGUCCACACACAUGACUAAUGAAGCAGAAUAUUUAGCACAAACAUGAGCAGUCAUAGCAAAUAUUGGGCUGUAUUUACUUUAGUUAAUGAAUAGCAAACAUCUCUAUAGAUCACACACUGCUACUGUCAGCUGGAGAUUAUGUUCAGCUGAGCGACAUUGAUUUAAAACUAAAUGCAGUACAUUAUUCAUGCUCUCUCAGUGAUAAGCAGCUUGCACCUGUGUCUGCUUUUAAUGUCCUCUUUGAACCAGAUUUAUCAGGAAACUCCGGGUACUCCCUGGGAGAGCCCUUUGAUUCAAGUGAAAUCUGCGCCAGUGUUUCCCAGUUUCCUCUUUUUUUGACUGAGAGAAAAAUAUCAGACAGCUCUCUCUCUCCUUCUCCCCCUCUCGCUUAAAUGAGCUCUCGAGGGAACUCAGUCACGUUUCCACACACAGGAGCAGACAGACUCUGCAGCAGAGCAAAUCUGUAACAGACGGGCCUGCUCUUACUCUUUGUUUUGUGUGAAACGACCAAAGUGAAUUUGAAGAUGGAUUUGAAUGGGUGCAUACUCAUCGAUGCAUGCUUAUAUGCUCUCCCUAGACAAGGUUUAGUCUCAGACAUAAGAAAACAAACACUGUUACCAUGAAUGCAGCACAGCUUCUCAAGAUCAGUUGUGACUCUCCUGCCGUUUAACCUGUCCCUGUAGGAUGGUUUGGGUUGUUAUGCACACUAUGGCCAAGUCUGUAGAUGUUUAGAUUUGUGAUGUAUUUUUGUUGCUGUGUUCGCCCUUCUAUGUAGGUGUGUGUUUCUCUGUAGUACACAUUCAGCACUUUCUGGGAAAGACAUGCUGCGCUGAAACGGCUUUCUUUGUUUUUGUUUUGCCCUUGAGAUCAUCAGCAAACAGAGGAUUAGGCAAACACAGAAUAUUUUUAGUGAUGAAAUCAGAGUAAAGCAGGUUGAUAAUGUUUCAGUCUUCAGUCAACCCCUAAGAUUAAUUAAACUUUUAAUUUUAUAGCACUUUUUAGUGUUAAAGAUGAAGGACUGCAGCUUCAUGCUGUUUGUAACCAAGUAGUUCAAUGGCCAAUUACUCACUCUACAGGAUUUAAAGAUACAGUCAUUUUAAUUUACUAUAUUUGUCCUAAACACUGAUUGGUCACUCAGCUGUUUUUUAUCCCUCAAUGAAAACAGAAGAGAGGCUCAAAGUGAUCCACUGUGCAGGAGUCACACUGUAGACAUUUACACGACCUCACCAUCUGUCCCCCCCUAGACAAGAUUACACCACACUCCCCAGGAAUGAAAUAAUUAGAGUCACUGUUUUAUUCAUACCUUUGAUCAGAGAUAACGCUGACAGAUACUCACAGUUUCCCAACCUACAGCAGGAUUAGCUGAAUCAGAGCAUUGACAGCUAUCCCCACACCGAGGCACCGUGCCACCCAAUUAGGCUGGCUGAUAACCUCCCCAAUAAAAGCCAGUUUAAUCCACAUUUUGGCUUUUCUUUUGUUCCCUUUUUUGCUUUAUGAUAGCUUUGUUUGAAGCUAGUAAGAACCUUGUGACUUUAAAGUCGCAAUAUUAGCCACAAAGUCAGAGAUUAGGUUCUCAGUUGGACAAACUUCCCCAUAUCAAAAGACUUGACGUCUGAGUUACUCCAGUCUCAUACUAAAAGACGAGGAACAAAGACUUAGAUUAAAAUGGUAAAAUGUCAGUCCUUAUCGAAGCAUUUGAGCAUUACAAUCUCUAAUAAAUGCACUGUUCUUUCUUCCCACAGAUGGUUAGGGUCAAGAGUAGGCAAUUUAAUCUAUUUUCUGAGUAAUCAGCCCCCAAAGUUCAGAGUCAUUUGAAUAGAGAUGUUUUUUGUGCACACGGCACCUCACUUCUUGAAAUCUCUGAUCGCUAUUUUUGAUGAAGCGACCUUCCCUGGCACCCCUUUAAUUUCCUGUUCACACUGUAAUAACGUUUUAUGAACUGAUAGUUUUUCAGUUUUUUUUUUUGUGCAGGGGGAUUUAGGUGAUGUACUUUUUGUAACAUAACAAACCAGACAUCUUUAAACAGCAGCUUGUUCUGACAUGUAGUCUCUGCAAGAAGUCUGAAGUUCUCUUCAGGACAUCAGAAACUGCUAAAACUACAUCAGCUGUAUGUGUCUUAUGUAAAGGACCAGCAGCAUGAAUCUGAGGCCCCUGUGGACUGCGGAGAACCUCAUUCUGUCAAACAUGCACCUGAAAUCCAAAAAAACUCUGUCUUGUUGAGAUAUGAAGGAGCUUGUGUGCUCCAGCUUCAGGACAGUGUUUUGCUUGACUUUGUGUUUCUGAGAAGGGUACUUUAUGCAAACUUUUCAAGUGCAAGAAAGGUACUUCACAAGUAAAGCAGACUCUCAUAGAAGCCUUAAAAUGAUAAAAGCCAGAGAUGGAUCUCUCGCUUGUUCUUCCCCUCUAAUGUUUUAUGUCCCUGCAAUUAGCAGGAUGAUUAGAUUGGCCGUAAAGCCGAGAGGUCACAAGAAUGGAUAGCUCUAAAUUUAGUUAAUAAAUGCAGACUGGUGGUGGCUUUUUUACAUCCAAUUUGUUCUCAAUGAACACCUUAGCAACCCCCAGGCUAGUGUGAAUACACUUCUAAGAUUUGAGGUGACAUUUUAUUGAGUGACAAAGAUUUAACUUUCCUUUCUCAGAUUAUCCGUCCAGGUUCUCAUGAAUCCAGAUGCUUGGUGCAAAGGUACAACUGAACUCCAGUUUCCUUUUUGGAUCAAGCCUUGGACUUCCUCAGAUUGUUCAUUUAGCAGUACUGGGAUGUCAGCCAUCACUAGCACUGUUAUUUUAAUAACACAGAUCCCUCUGUCAUGAAUUGUUUCAUCUAUAUCAUGUCAGUAUUUCCCCCCACCAUCAUGAGUAAGGAUGUGUUGUACCUUCUAUACAGUUUUCAAUGAGUUAUCCCUCUAUUUUAAAAUGCAAACCCUGUAUGCACUUUACAUAUCAAGUGUACACAGCCCUAAUACCACAAAUACACAAGUGGACCAAGGGUGAAAACGGGGAGAGCUUUUCUUAUUAUUUUCUAUUUAAAUGUCCAUAUACAGAGUGCAAGACUGUUCAGCGCACAUCUCAUAGUGUGUGUCAUUAUUCGGGACAUUGUCCAGAGUUGCCAUGACAGCAAGCAUCUGCCCUGCUGGUGUGUCUGUGAGUGAAAACCCUGUUAGCUCUCAGAUGGAAAAGUCUUCUGCACUGCUUCCUCUGACAGAAAUCGAGAUCUGGGUUUUCUCUUUGGGAAUAAAAGAGAUUUUUUUUCUCAGACAAUGUGCAAAAAAACGCAAAAGUAUAGGGUUCUCACAGUUUCAAUCUGCCUAGUGACAGUAAUGUACUCACAGUUUGAUCACAUGACUCUUGAGUGACUGGAUGAAAGGGUAACAUCAUCAUAUCAACCAAAUCACGUGGAAACGUCCCUCAAGCUGAAAACAUAAAGGGCACGUUUGCCCUUGUUGUGAUGAACAGAGGAUGACGACACUAAGGCUGAUCUACAGAGCGUUGUUUGUUUUGAUUUCACAGCAGAGACGUUCACCAUCCUCAUACUUGAAGUGUUUUGUUAUGUAAAAGCAGUUGAUGUUGAUGGGUGUCAAAUUGUGUCUUCAUAUCAGAAACAUUUAAAGGCAUGGUUGACUAAUUUCUAGUACCACCUGAGGUAAUCAUUACUGAGGGUUUAUUAGGGGUACAGUCGCCGCUUUUUCUAUUUUAUCUAAAUCACAGCUUUUCAGUAAUGACUCUUCUUCAGUGGUGUUCAGUUUGUGUGAGAAUGAGAGCCAAAUUAAGAGCCUGAUUGUGUGUUAAUUACAGCACCGCAGUAAUGAAGAUCUCUGUCUUGUCUCGUUUCCCCCCUUUAGAUCUCCCCAAGGCGGCACUGAGGAUCCUCAGCAACAUGACCUUCCUGUUCGUCAGCCUGUCCUACACGGCGGAGUGUGCCAUCGUCACCGCCUUCAUCACCUUCAUUCCCAAAUUUAUUGAGUCCCAGUUCGGCAUCCCUGCCUCAAACGCCAGCAUUUACACCGGUGAGUCUUUCUUUUUGUACUGUUUGCACUUAUUUUGUUGACUCUUUUGGCACUAUCCCACGCAAACAUAUUUUUGUGUUGUCUUGUGAGUCAUUGCAUCCAAUGCUCUUGGUGAGUCGCCAUUAAGGAUGUGUGGGAGCCUAUAAUGAGGGAUUCAUUACAAUAUGUUCUAAGCAAGGAGCCUAAAUGAGAUGUCUGAAUGCAGUCGAACAGAGGUUUACUAUUCUUCUAAGCAGUAAAACCUUGUUAUAAAAUUCCAUUAAAGUACCCCUUGACUGAUACAAAUAAAGGCCUCUUUGGAGAAUCGCACAAUCCAGUGUUGUCCAUGUAGUGGCAGGUUUAUUAACCAACAAUUUUAUGGAUGACAUGCAUCAUGAGGUGUUCUGGUUUAAUGCUCCUGUUAGCUAAUUUCUCUCUACAAAUGGUCAAAAAUACUAAACUUGAAUGUGGCUCCUUUUAUUCCAGAAGUUGUUGUUUUUUUCUUUUAGCUUUGUAGGACUAAACUACAAAUUUCUGUUUUGAAGUAAAAAUCAUUGAGCUUUUUGGGCAGUUAGUAACUGUAAAGAAAGUAAUAAUUCCCCAUCUCAUUGCUUCAUCACUUUAUGCAUCGGUGCAAAUAUGGCAGGAAAAUCUUUACCCUUGGCCAAUGUGAGGUUUGCUAUAGAUUUUAGCUUUGAGAAAACAUGUUUGAUUUAGAAUCAGAAUUUCUAAUUAGAAGUAAAUGUUUGUUUAUUUAUGUGAAAUGAUUAUACAUUUACUAAGAAGUCAUUUCAUAGGUUAAUGGAGCUGUAUUGGAUCAAUGAGGCAUAACUGCCUAGAGCUAAGAGUUAAUUCAAAUGUAUUGCCCUGUGCUGCAGUAUUUAUAAGAACUAUUGAUCCUGUCUGUGUUGAGUUGUAAGAAAUGGAUAUAAGAAGGAAAAUAUCUCAAUAAGAAAGAAUCAGAAUAUAAGAGAAUUAAAAUUCAACCCUGCAGGUAGAUUUUCACACUGAUACACUUAUCUUUGUAUUGCUGUGUUUUCUGUGUACCCUGAUCCCACACUUGAGGACAGAUGACACAUCCACAUGUACCAUAUGCAGCAUUGUUCUGUACCAGUUCGAGCUCACAUGUACUCUCACCUCUCCAUGUGUUCACACGGUGAUUCACCGCCGCAGGGCAGCGCUCUGACUCAGAGUCUUGCUGACUUUCAUUUAGUGAUAAGCUGUCAUUACAUCUCUGACUGUAACACACGAGUCUCUGGACUGUGGGAGAAGUAUUCAUCAUGAUGUGAUCAUGCACACAUCCACACACACGAGCUAUUCCUCAGCUCUUAUUGUGAUUUAUCUACAACAUACAAAGGGUUUACAAAGAAAAAGACCACUCCUCAAGUCGUGUCUGAGCCAGUGGUGCUUACACACUUGAAAUAAUCUGGAUUUAUGAGCAUUAUUUCUGCAGGGUGUUUUUUAUAGUCGGUGACACAUUUGGACUAAAAAAAGUGUGUGUGUUUUUUGUGUCCUCGUAUUCUGCUGCCUAACAUAUGGUCAUCCCUGAACACACAGACACACACCUACAGUACAUACACAAUACCAUUGCCUCAUUUCAUCUGCUUGUUGCCAGGAUACAAGGGGUAAGGGCAAAUGGGUGGUGCGGUUGCCAUAGCUACCUAAAAGAUGCCAAGCUGCUGGGAUGUGAUGAUGGUUGGAGGGAAGAAACAGGGGAGGGCGGCACAGAGACUCCUUCCUUAGGAGGACAGAUGGAGUGACCAUGUGUGACAUUUUCCUCAUGAUUGUUGGAUUAUUUUUGAAGACUGACCAGAAGGUGACCAGAGGACUUUUGGGUUUGCUUGUGAGGCGCUCACUGUCUGUGUCAACAAUGUACCCAUGACAUCUUAACUGAUUUUUCCAAAUAUAAACAGCAUGUAGCAAAAAAAAAAAAAAAAAACACAUCUUGUUUGCAUUUCUAUGUCAUAGAAAGUACAAGUGUUAAGUUAAGCUUGUUUCAUAAACAGUCCAAAACUCUCACAGGAGCUUUAAUGAUGUGUUUCUCCACACAAUCAACAUUUUUACUACGUCUGGUAGUAAAAACUGCAUCAAGACUGGAUGUGGUUUCAGUUUUGGAGUCUUGUUUCAAACUUUAUGGUUGUAGAAUUUAUAUUUGCUAAUGAAAAAAAAAUCAAUAAUAAGCAUUCCAGAGAUACAAAUAACUGAACUGAAAAUAUAAAACCUACCGUAUAAUAUUUAAUGUUGCGCUCAGUGACUAAGCACCCACAGGAAAUCUUGGUUUUUGUGGUCUAGGCUACUCAAAACAGUCCAAAGCCUUACAGUUGCAGCUCUGUGAGAUUUGGUUCACACAACACAAAAUAAAUGUAACAACAAAGCAGUUAAGGGGGUGUUAGAGUACACAAAGCAUACGCUCUAUUGACUGUAUAUGAGGCUGGAUGACAUGUCUCCUCAUCCUCCUGAUGUACAGGUAAUGCAAAAGUAUCCCACCAGACUGGUAGGGACAUUUUUAGUGAGGUUUUUGGAGCCUAGAGCAUGCAUAUUUGGGAUCAGCAAUGUACUGAUAAACUAGCAAAGACCCUCAGGUUACAGCCCCUGUUGUUGGUUUGAAGCCCACUCUCGUGCUUAUGGGAAGUUUAAUGACUCCGAUGUUUUUUUGACAUUCCUCCUAUGCUCUGAUAACCUUGUGCAGGAGCCAGAUUUUUCAGUUUUCAGCAACGAGUUAAAACUAAACUUCCAAAAACCUAACACUUAAGCAUUAAUCAGCAUGAGAUCCAACUGAAAACUGUUUGAGGAGAAGACCUUCAUAGCUGUGUCUUACAAGCAAACACAGCAAACCAGACAACAAACAUGUCAAAAUAAAAUAAAUGUAAGCCUUGAAAAUAACCACCUUGCUGAGCGUGUGUCGUGAACGGUUAAAGAUCUGCCACUGCUACAUGCUCAUUAGAUGUUUCUACAGAAAUAGCACUGUAACAUGUCUGACACGCCUCCCUCAGCUGCACUCUCCACCGUGCCUGCCGCCUGUUUGCCCGAUAAUUUGGCGACUCUCCUAACCUCAACAAUUUCUCUUUUCAAAGCGGCACUUUCCAUUUUUAUAUCUUUGUUCUUUUGUUUCCAAUGUCUAAGGCUUCAGGAGACAGAAAUGUUAGUACAGCUUGUACUGAGCUGCUCUGAUUUAAGCGCUCAGUGAUAGAUUAGCAAUGAAACACAUACAUGGGUAUAUUUAUCCAAUACCACACAAAAAAUCUCACAUUCAUGCCAGCAUAGCAGUUAAUCCAGAGAAGAUAUGUGUAAAUCAUUAGUGUAGCGUUUAACACUAACCAGCAGUGUGUGUUUUUGUGCACGUGUGUGUGCGCCUUAUGUCACUUUGAUAUGGUAUCUGCUUUGGCUGUUUACAUGUUUAAUCCUGCAGAAAGCACCAGGUCUUAGCACAGAAACAUGCACUUAUGGGAUAAUAUUUUAUUACAGCUGUCAGUUGCUCAGCUCUCACUGAGCGUGCUCAAUGACACUGUUUCCGUCUCUCUAUCAGUGUUGCACAUUUCCACACAUGCAUUGAGCACUUGUCUCUACUUGGAUUAUUUCUGCUGAUCCUCUUUCUCUGAUGACCCUCCACCCUCUAUGGCUGACCCCAUCAUGCUCAUUACCCACUCUGUGAGCGCCUGUGGUUGGGCCAGGGGGCGGCCAUGUGCAGCAUCCCCGGGCUUUAACUCCUUCUCUGUGAUACUUUUCCACCCUGCCAGCAGCCAGCUUCUCCUGUCUUCAUGCUGUCAAUUAGACUAGCUAGAAAGAACAGAGAGCACGUGUCACAGCCUGGACUGACUCACUGUUAGCCCGUAGCGUAGCCCAGUCAAAGUGUUAGAGUAACAUUUCCUGCUCCUUCUGAUUUAAGCUAUUCUUGCUUUGACAGGGGGUCACAUUCAGAUUCAUUUGUCUUUUUCUCAUAACCAUGUCCAACAAAAACAUCAUACAGACUCUCAUAUAACAGCGUGACAGACUAACAUGUUCUCUGUGUUAAUGAUCUGGAGAUCAAAAGCUUUUUCUGUAAAGUCUAACCUGUAAUUGAUUCAGUGUUAACAUUUUUAUAACACAAAUUAGCUCCUCUAUUUCUGUGCCGUUUGCAACACUUCUUCAUUUAUCCUCUAUCACACCGCCCCUCUUUCUUUCUGAUCUCUUGCACAGGUGUGAUCAUCGUACCCAGUGCUGGAGUAGGCAUUGUGUUGGGCGGCUACAUCAUUAAGAAGCUGAAGCUCGGCGCCAGAGAGUCCGCAAAGCUGGCUAUGAUUUGCAGCGGCGUGUCUCUGCUCUGCUUCUCCACACUCUUCAUAGUGGGCUGUGAGAGCAUCAACUUAGGAGGCAUCAACAUACCCUACACCACUGGGUAAGCUCAUGUAAACACUUCCUCUUUGUCCCUACAACAUGACAACAGAAGUAGCACUGGUCAGUCCUGAUCUUUACAGAUGUUUCAAGAAACGUAUAAUAGUUUAUAUAUCCAAACUGCACAAAUACUAAAGGAGGGCUUGUAGCUGGCUUGCUGUCAUCAUUCCUAUCAUCCUCAUGUGUUGUGGCGUUGUGUUCGAGUGUGAAUGACUAAUUAGCAACACUGGCAUCUGCUCUCGUGGCUCCAAUGAAUCACUCUGCCACCUCUAUUUCUGAACCUGCAGCCCGACGAGGCAUCAGCAGCCAAGUUAACAAACCGUCAUUGGAUGUGUCAGGCCCCGCAGACAGAAAUACACAUACACACACACGCACGCAAAGAAAGGCACAGAGGGGCCGUGCAGGGAGUGACCUUGGAGGAAACACUUCUACUGUGUUCAUAACUCAUCUCAUCACAGAAAUUCUUGAUGUUUUUGUGCCUAAAAUCAACCUUUUCAGCUUUAGAAAAGAGUUCUGUAUCUGCUAGUAUUUCAGGUCAAAUAUGUUCAUAUAAUGGACUGUUGUGGACUGUCAAGUAUGUCAAGUAUAUCCUCUCAGAAGUUCACAAAACACAGCUCACACAAAGGUGAAACUGCUAAACCUCUGUGAAAUUUACCUUUCACAUAGCUACACUAAUCAAAGUGAUUAUUUGCCAAAUAGUCGUUGUGCCCCCUAAAGCCCCAGAGCUGACCCAUUACUAACACAAGUCUUUGUCCGGGCCGCUGUUUAUAGAGGGGUCAGCAAGACGGGGCUCCUCAUUAUGAACAGCACUGCUCACUGGUCACUGGUGGCACCCACAUGAGGAAUGUUCAGCCCAAACCCACCCCUUUGUGUCACCCGUCUGUACUCUCACACUAGUCUAGACCAAGCGGUCCCCCUGUAGACAUACUGGAGACUAUUUGACAAAAAAGGACCUGAACAUUUUCAGAGCUUGAGUUAUAUUUAAAAAAAAAAAAAACACUCCUCAAAAUCUGCUGGAUUGUCUUCUUUAAAGCCUGCUGCUAAAUUUAAACAUUUUUAAUUAAAGCUGUAAACCACACCUCCUCUGAGUAAGAGCUCAUAUUUGUUUUGUGUUCACUGUCUGCAGCGCUGAAUCACAUUAAGCCGUCCUGACUCUGUGUUUGUGUUUUUAUGAGGUGUGGCCAGCACACAGAGACACAACAUCUGGAGGGUUCAGCGAGGGACAGGCUUUAGUCUAGGGUUAAAAAAAGGACAUGUUCAAUCAGUGCAGCUAGUUUACAAAUCCAGCAGGGCCGAUGUUUUUUUUCUUUUUUUUUUUUUUCAGUACACACACACACACACACACACACACACACACACACACACACAUCCGUGCUGUCUCUGUCUGUCCCUCAGGGUGUCUGGAAUGUAACACUGUUAUGUCAGGACAAGCCCAAAUGAGUUUCCCUUGUCACAAACAAUAUGAAAAUCAGACGGCUGAAACAGGUUUGUGUAAAAUGAGGGUCUGAUGUUUUUAAGUCCUGUCUAAAGCAGAUUCUAAUUGUCUUCAGUAACACAGUGUCCUUAGAAAAAUGUCAGGAGUUGAAACAAAUGAUCACAACAGAAACAGUCAGAGGUGCGUGUUUGUUCAGCGAGUCCAUGGCUGUUCCGCAGGGCUCAUACUGAAGCCCUACAGAGAAAACCCCUGACUCGCUCCACUGCUCCUGCUUCAGACCAAUCCUAAGUCUUGUUUGGCUAUGAGCGGCUGUUCCCACACUGCCUGUCGAUCCACUGGAGCCUCUGUCUUUUUAUUAGUAAUGAACUACCGUAAACAUCAUCUGUUACUGUGCUAAACACAUCUCUAAUAAUUACACAACAUAACAAUAAAGCAAAAGACAGUUUAUGGAUGUCGUUUUCUGAUUAAAGAAAAACUUGACGGCCUGAUGCUCCGAAGGGACAAACAAAUAAGGGCUAAUGACUGCAACAGAGUUUUGCUAUUGCAAGGCUGCUGUGUAAAUCUAUCAAUAAUUGUUCAGUAAUCGUUGGUUUUGACAUGAUUCAAUGGAUUUAAAAGUGACAGUUUUAUGUUAAACACGCACAGUUUAUGUCUGUAAGCGGUUAGCUCUACAGCCUUAAAGCAUGGUGACUCAGACGUGUUACACGUCAGAGUGAACAUUUCUGCUUAUGGUGAGGUAAAACGAGUUAAACAGGACCACCUGAUUCAGUUUUUUUUUGCCUCUUCACUGACAUUUUCUUUUCUGUUUCAGUCCAUAAAAAUGAUCAUAUCCCAUAACUUCAACUCUGUCAUUGGCCCACGUUUUUUUUAACAAUCUUAUUGGCCACCCCAGGUACCACCCCAGAUUCCUCAACUAUGAUUGGCGGUUCGCCUUGUCAGACAUCAGUUAAACUUGUAAUUAACUAUUUGAACAGUAUUUUACACUAAAAGUUAAGUAUAUUAUUUAUUUGAAUUUUUUUCUGUCCGUUUGCUCAGGCCGACCUUGACGAUGACCCACAGGAACUUAACGGGCAGCUGCAAUGUGAACUGCGGCUGCAGAAUCCACGAGUAUGCUCCGGUCUGCGGCUCUGAUGGCAUCACCUACUUCAAUCCCUGUCUGGCUGGAUGCAGCACUGUAGGCAACGACAGCACCGGGGUGAGCAUGCUCUCACACACACACACACAAACACUCACACACACUCAUGUAAACACUUGAGUAACAGCCUCAUUGUUUAAGUAUCUAAGAAAUAAAAGCUAUUCACCAAUUCAAACUUCAGACUGAUGAAAAAGGCAAAAUGAAAGGGAUUUUGAGACCUAUUCAUAAAAACACAUAAAUCAUAAUGGAUACACAAAAGACCUGUUGCAUGCACAUAAACACAAAGACACGCUAGCUACACAACCUCCUCCCAAAACAGGAAGUGUCAGACCCCUACCACAAUGGCAGAUCGGAAAUUAUAACAAGAGGAAAGGAAAUGUCCAGAUUCUUUAUCCAGAUCCGUAAGGAGACCAUCACUGGUGCCACCCAGUCUGUGUGUGUUUGUGUGUGUGUGUGUGUGUGUGUGUGUGUGUGUUGCUGUGUGGCUGUGUGUGUGUGUGUGUCAGUGUAGCUCCAGCAUCAGCAGCAUUAUGUAUAGAAUGCUAAAAAAGCCAUGUUGAAUAUAUCAUAGUACAGUAUGAUAAAAAUGUAUUACAGUAUGUGAAAAUAUCAUAUAACAUAGUAUACUAUGACCAAAAUUUCAGAAUUUGGGGUGAAAAAAAAAUUCCCUUUUUAAGAUCAAAAAACAUGCUGUAGUAUUGUCUGAUCAAAUUGCCAUGGUAAAGCAUGUUUAAAAUGUCAUAUUUUAGCAGAAAAUAAAAAUCAAAUUUUGUCAGAAGAAAAACGACAUAGUAUACUAUGACCAAAAUUUCAGAUUUUGGGGUGAAAAAAAAUUUCCCUUUUUAGGAUCAAAAAUUCCUGACAAUAGAAUGUUAAAAAUGUCAUAUUUUGGCAGAAAAAAAAAAUCAUAUUUUAGUCCAGAAAAAAACAACAUAGUAUACUAUGACCAAAAUUCCAGAUUUUAGGGUGAAAAAAAAUUUCCCUUUUUAGGAUCAAAAAACAUGCCGUAGUAUUGUCUGAUCAAAAUUCCUGAGAAUAGAAUGUUUAAAAUGUCAUAUUUUAGCAGAAAAUAAAAAAAAUCAUAUUUUGUCCGAAAAAAAACGACAUAGUAUACUAUGACCAAAAUUUCAGAUUUUAGGGUGAAAAAAAAAAUUCCCUUUUUAGGAUCAAAAAACAUGCAGUAGUAUUGUCUGAUCAAAAUGCCAUGGUAAAGCAUGUGUAAAAUGUCAUAUUUUAGCAGAAAAUAAAAAUCAAAUUUUGUCAGAAGAAAAACGACAUAGUAUACUAUGACCAAAAUUUCAGAUUUUGGGGUGAAAAAAAUUUCCCUUUUUAGGAUCAAAAAUUCCUGACAAUAGAUGUUAAAAAUGUCAUAUUUUGGUGGGAAAAAAAAUCAUAUUUUAGUCUAGAAAAAAACAACAUAGUAUACUAUGACCAAAAUUCCAGAUUUUGGGGUGAAAAAAAAUUUCAGUUUUUAGGAUAAAAAAACAUGCCGUAGUAUUGUCUGAUCAAAAUUCCUGAGAAUAGAACGUUAAAAAUGUCAUAUUUUAGCGUGAAAAAAAAAAUCGUAUUUUAGUCUGGAAAAAAACGACAUAGUAUACUAUGACCAAAAUUUCAGAUUUUAGGGUGAAAAAAAAUGUCCCAUUUUAGGAUCAAAAAACAUGCCGUAAUAUUGUCUGAUCAAAAUUCCUGAGAAUAGAAUGUUAAAAAUGUCAUAUUUAAGCAGGAAAUAAAAAAUCAUAUUUUGUCCGAAAAAAAAAAACGACAUAGUAUACUAUGACCAAAAUUUCAGAAUUUGGGGUGAAAAAAAAAUUCCCUUUUUAAGAUCAAAAAACAUGCUGUAGUAUUGUCUGAUCAAAUUGCCAUGGUAAAGCAUGUUUAAAAUGUCAUAUUUUAGCAGAAAAUAAAAAUCAAAUUUUGUCAGAAGAAAAACGACAUAGUAUACUAUGACCAAAAUUUCAGAUUUUGGGGUGAAAAAAAAUUUCCCUUUUUAGGAUCAAAAAUUCCUGACAAUAGAAUGUUAAAAAUGUCAUAUUUUGGCAGAAAAAAAAAAACAUAUUUUAGUCCAGAAAAAAACAACAUAGUAUACUAUGACCAAAAUUCCAGAUUUUAGGGUGAAAAAAAAUUUCCCUUUUUAGGAUCAAAAAACAUGCCGUAGUAUUGUCUGAUCAAAAUUCCUGAGAAUAGAAUGUUUAAAAUGUCAUAUUUUAGCAGAAAAUAAAAAAAAUCAUAUUUUGUCCGAAAAAAACGACAUAGUAUACUAUGACCAAAAUUUCAGAUUUUAGGGUGAAAAAAAAAUUCCCUUUUUAGGAUCAAAAAACAUGCAGUAGUAUUGUCUGAUCAAAAUGCCAUGGUAAAGCAUGUGUAAAAUGUCAUAUUUUAGCAGAAAAUAAAAAUCAAAUUUUGUCAGAAGAAAAACGACAUAGUAUACUAUGACCAAAAUUUCAGAUUUUGGGGUGAAAAAAAUUUCCCUUUUUAGGAUCAAAAAUUCCUGACAAUAGAUGUUAAAAAUGUCAUAUUUUGGUGGGAAAAAAAAUCAUAUUUUAGUCUAGAAAAAAACAACAUAGUAUACUAUGACCAAAAUUCCAGAUUUUGGGGUGAAAAAAAAUUUCAGUUUUUAGGAUAAAAAAACAUGCCUUAGUAUUGUCUGAUCAAAAUUCCUGAGAAUAGAACGUUAAAAAUGUCAUAUUUUAGCGUGAAAUAAAAAAUCAUAUUUUGUCCGAGAAAAAAAAACGACAUAGUAUACUAUGACCAAAAUUUCAGAUUUUAGGGUGAAAAAAAAUGUCCCAUUUUAGGAUCAAAAAACAUGCCGUAAUAUUGUCUGAUCAAAAUUCCUGAGAAUAGAAUGUUAAAAAUGUCAUAUUUAAGCAGGAAAUAAAAAAUCAUAUUUUGUCCGAGAAAAAAAAACGACAUAGUAUACUAUGACCAAAAUUUCAGAUUUUAGGGUGAAAAAAUGUUUCCCUUUUUAAGAUAAAAAAAACAUGCCCUAGUAUUGUCUGAUCAAAAUGCCAUGGUAAAGCAUGUUUAAAAUGUCAUGAUUUAAAAGGGAAAAAAAUCAUAUUUUGUCCAAAAAAAACGACAUAGUAUAUUAUGACAAAAAUUUCAGAUUUUGGGGUGAAAAAAAAUUUCCCUUUUUAGAAUAAAAAAACAUGCCGUAGUAUUGUCUGAUCAAAAUUCCUGAGAAUAGAAUGUUAAAAAUGUCAUAUUUAAGCUGGGGGGAAAAAAAUCAAAUUUUAGUCCGGAAAAAAACGACAUAGUAUACUAUGACGAAAAUUUCAGAUUUUAGGAUGAAAAAAUUUUUCCCUUUUUAGGAUCAAAAAACAUGCCUUAGUAUUGUCUGAUCAAAAUGAUAUGGUAAAGCAUGUAUAAAAUGUCAUAUUUUAGCAGGAAAAAAAAAAUCGUAUUUUAGUCUGGAGAAAAACGGCAUAGUAUCAUAUGACCAAAAUUUCAGAUUUUAGUUUGAAAAUUUUUUUCCCUUUUUAGGAUCAGAAAACAUGCCGUAGUAUUGUCUGAUCAAAAUGCCAUGGUAAAGCAUGUUUAAAAUGUCAUAUUUUAGCAGAAAAUAAAAAUCAUAUUUUGUCAGAGGAAAAACGACAUUGUAUACUAUGACCAAAAUUCCAGAUUUUAGGGUGAAAAAAAAUUUCCCUUUUUAGGAUACAAAAACAUGCCUUAGUAUUGGCUGAUCAAAAUUCCUUAGAAAAGAAUGUUAAAAAUGUCAUAUUUUAGCAAGAAAUAAAAAAAUCUUAUUUUGUCCGGAAAAAAAAAAGACAUAGUAUACUAUGACCAAAAUUUCAGAUUUUAGGGUGAAAAAAAAUUUCCCUUUUUAGGAUCAAAAAACAUGCCGUAGUAUUGUCUGAUCAAAAUGCCAUGGUAAAGCAUGUUUAAAAUGUCAUAUUUUAGCGUGAAAAAAAAAAAUCAUAUUUUAGUCUGGAAAAAAACGACAUAGUAUACUAUGACGAAAAAUUUCAGAUUUUGGGGUGAAAAAAAAAUUCCCAUUUUAGGAUCAAAAAACAUGCCUUAGUAUUGGCUGAUCAUAAUUUCUUAGAAAAGAAUGUUAAAAAUGUCAUAGUGUAGCAGGACAUAAAAAAUCAUAUUUUGUCUGGAAAAAAAAAAAAAACGACAUAGUAUACUAUGACCAAAAUCUCAGAUUUUAGGGUGAAAAAAAAUUUCCCUUUUGAAGAUAAAAAAACAUGCCGUAGUAUUGUCUGAUCAAAAUUCCUGAGAAUAGAAUGUUAAAAAUGUCAUAUUUUAGCGGGGGAAAAAAAUCAAAUUUUAGUCCGGAAAAAAACGACAUAGUAUACUAUGACGAAAAUUUCAGAUUUUAGGAUGAAAAAAUUUUUCCCUUUUUAGGAUCAAAAAACAUGCCUUAGUAUUGUCUGAUCAAAAUGAUAUGGUAAAGCAUGUAUAAAAUGUCAUAUUUUAGCAGGAAAAAAAAAAUCGUAUUUUAGUCUGGAGAAAAACGGCAUAGUAUCAUAUGACCAAAAUUUCAGAUUUUAGUUUGAAAAUUUUUUUCCCUUUUUAGGAUCAGAAAACAUGCCGUAGUAUUGUCUGAUCAAAAUGCCAUGGUAAAGCAUGUUUAAAAUGUCAUAUUUUAGCAGAAAAUAAAAAUCAUAUUUUGUCAGAAGAAAAACGACAUUGUAUACUAUGACCAAAAUUCCAGAUUUUAGGGUGAAAAAAAAUUUCCCUUUUUAGGAUACAAAAACAUGCCUUAGUAUUGGCUGAUCAAAAUUCCUUAGAAAAGAAUGUUAAAAAUGUCAUAUUUUAGCAAGAAAUAAAAAAUCUUAUUUUGUCCGGAAAAAAAAAAAGACAUAGUAUACUAUGACCAAAAUUUCAGAUUUUAGGGUGAAAAAAAAUUUCCCUUUUUAGGAUCAAAAAACAUGCCGUAGUAUUGUCUGAUCAAAAUGCCAUGGUAAAGCAUGUUUAAAAUGUCAUAUUUUAGCGUGAAAAAAAAAAAUCAUAUUUUAGUCUGGAAAAAAACGACAUAGUAUACUAUGACGAAAAAUUUCAGAUUUUGGGGUGAAAAAAAAAUUCCCAUUUUAGGAUCAAAAAACAUGCCUUAGUAUUGGCUGAUCAUAAUUUCUUAGAAAAGAAUGUUAAAAAUGUCAUAGUGUAGCAGGACAUAAAAAAAUCAUAUUUUAGUCCGGAAAAAAACGACAUAUGACGAAAAUUUCAGAUUUUAGGGUGAAAAAAAAAUUCCCUUUUGAAGAUAAAAAAACAUGCCGUAGUAUUGUCUGAUCAAAAUUCCUGAGAAUAGAAUGUUAAAAAUGUCAUAUUUUAGCGGGGGGAAAAAAACUCAUAUCUUAGUCUGGAAAAAAAACGACAUAGUAUACUAUGACCAAAAUUUCAGAAUUUGGGUUGAAAAAAAAAUUCCCUUUUUAGGAUACAAAAACAUGCCUUAGUAUUGUCUGAUCAAAAUGCCAUUGUAAAGCAUGUUUAAAAUGUCAAAUAUUAGAGGGAAAGAAAAAAAAUCAUAUUUUAGUCUGGAAAUGUCACACUAUAGAAUGUUAAAAAAUGUCGCAGAAUUGUAUGUCAAAAAAUGUCAUAGUAUAGUAUAAUAAUUAAUUCAAAUUUUAGUCGAAAAAAAACUCUGCUUGCAGUGUCGGCUUGGGCCCUUUAGAGUGUUUGAAUCAAAAAAAGACAAUUCUUUUCUUCUUUAUUUUGGUUCCAGAUUAGGAACUACACGGACUGCGGCUGUGUGCAGAGCAGACAGGUCAUCACGCCAUCCUCAGGCGGUCAGGUCAACCAGCUGCAGCUUGUCAUCGUCAAAACCUACCUGAAUGAGAACGGAUAUGCUGUAUCGGGGAAGUGCGACCGUACCUGCAACACCCUCAUCCCUUUUCUCAUCUUCCUCUUCAUCGUCACCCUCAUCACCGCUUGUGCCCAGCCCUCUGCUAUCAUUGUCACUCUCAGGUAAAGGUCUAAACCUUCCCUUAUCUGCAGGAUUACCUCUGUUUGUCUGUGUUGUCCUUUCUCUUUCCGAUUUGUUGUUUUCUUCAUCUUCUUAUUUGAAUGCAGCUCAGUGAAUCUGUGUUAUUGACAUGCUGUGUCUCCUCUCUCAGAUCUGUUGAUGAACAGGAGAGGCCUUUUGCUCUCGGCAUGCAGUUUGUGUUGCUUCGAACUCUUGGUAAGCUGCUAAAUAUUUGCACUAUCAAAACCACCUCUAAUGGAACAGUACUGAAUUUAAGUGAUGUCUUGUUUGGUUUUUGGUGUCAUUUUCUUAUCUAAGCUUAAUCUAAAGUUGUCUGUGUUUAAGUUCUGAAUAAUUUUUCAAAGCUUUGACUUGAAUCUCUUGUUUUUUGUACUUUUGCCAGAUAUAGCUGAUGUUACAAGUUAAAUGUUUUAAAAAGUUUCAAAAAGCCAGUAAUUUGAGAGAAAACAAGCAGCUUGUCGCGUCUCUUAUUUGAUUUUUAUAGCCAGUGUUUUCCAGCUGGUCAGUAACCCACUCCUCUAACAGUCUUUUCUCUGGCUUUAAUGUUCUCCCCCGUUAACACCCUACCAUUUAAAAGCCAGGGGGGAAGCAGCUCAGUAGUGGACCGCAGUAAACUCUGGUGUAGAUAAGUGUAGAAAAGCCCGUGGGGUUAGAGAGCUCUGCCCUAACACGCCUCUGGUCUGCUCGGUAUGUCUGUGUGAACAUAAAGCUGUCACAUCACUUCUCUUUAACUGUCCCCACAUGUGUGUAUCAGGGUCAGGAGGGAGCGUGUGUACACUUUUACAGUUUGGUCUGAAAAAUGAAUAAUGGGUUUAUUUUCCAGUCUGAUGCAAUCCUCAGCUCAGCUCUGCAACACUGUUUAAAAUUCAGUCCAUGAAGGUCUGCUUUAGUGUCACACUGCCAGAGAGAUGCUGAAUAAACUCUCAAACAUUUACACCUGUGAGCAUGUUGUGAAUGUUGGGGCUGUGUUUGAUUUAGUGUUUGAAAAGACAAAGAUCAUGUCAACUUCCCCUGGCAAACAUCAGCUCUGAUCAUGAUAAAACAGUGCCAUCCAGUGGUGGGAUACAAGUUCUGCAACACACUCAUAAAAACAGUCUUAUAAAAAAAAAAACGUAACUCUCUGUGAUUGAACACUAACUUUUUAAUAUGCAUAAACCUUUAUUUUGCACAAAUUGAGAGUAAAUGCAGAACAUAAACAUAAUAACUUAAAAACUAUGUGAAUAAGCAAUACCAAAAAUACAGGAUUGUGACAAACCUUUUGACUCAAACUGAAGACCUUUUAAGAGCUUUCAAAACCCAAAAUACUGAGUAUUUGCUGCCCAUUCGGUUCCUUGAGACUAAAUUCAUUAUAGUAGUGUGUUCUCAUUUCCUCUCCUUCUCUUCUCUGUUUGUGGUAUAUGAAUAUGUAUGUACCUCCUACAAUGCCCCAUUUGUCAUGUGAACAACCAGAUGUGAAAUGUCUGACUUAAUGAUCUCUCUCCUCCUGCAGCUUAUAUCCCCACACCCAUCUACUUUGGCGCUGUCAUCGACACCACCUGCAUGCUGUGGCAGCAGGAUUGUGGCGUCCACGGCUCCUGCUGGGAGUAUGACGUCACCUCCUUCCGCUUCGUCUACUUCGGCCUGGCCGCCAGCCUCAAGUUCGUCGGCUUCAUCUUCAUCUUCCUCACCUGGUACUCAAUUAAGCACAAGGAGGAGCGGGCCGAGCGCUGGCGCCAGCACCUGCCUCCACUCGGCACUGUCAGCGAGCUCAUCUGCCAUGCGGGUGGCCAGAAGAGCCACGCACGCACCCGCUCCUGCCCCGUCUUCAUCCCACCACGACCUGACCCGCCUGCUGCCCUGCUGCUUAACCGCGGCCACAGCAGCCUCAGCUGCCCCGGCAAUGCCCUUAAAGCAAUAACUCCUCCCAUCCUGUUACCGCAUCACCACAGAGGCUCCGCCCAUGUCUGA